UUUCUCCUUCUUUUCUUUCUUGUCUGUCUUCUUUUCUAAGAUCUGCUCUGAAUUAUCCUUUUUGUCGCUUUUGCCCAUUGCUUAUGAAAAGAGAUUGAUCAAUGUAAAAAUUUCUUUCAAAAAUAAGACGAAAGCGGAGUAUUAACUUGUUUUCUUCUUUGUCCCCUUGCAAAAAAAUAUGUCAAUGAUUGCACGAUCUAUUCGACCUUUCACUAUUGUCAAUCGAUUCUAUACGACAGCUGCAGCUUCAGAAUCAAUUGUCGCACGUCUCAAGAAUGACCGCAAGACAUUUAUGAAAGAAAAGAAGCAACCAGAUCUCAACGUACUUAAAGGACUCUUGAGCGAUUUCACUUAUUAUACAAAAAGCCCUAGCUUCAAGGAAGGCACCUCUGAUGAUGAAGCCAUGAUGUCAGUCUUGCAAAAGGCUAUCAAGCGUCGUCAGGAUUCUAUUGAACAAUUCAAGUCUGGGGGAAGACCUGAGUUAGCAGAACAAGAGUUGCAAGAAUUAAAAGUACUCGAAUCAUAUUUACCUGAACAAAUGUCAGCUGAAGCGAUUGAAAAGGAAGUUAAGAGUUUAAUAGAACAACUCGGUGCUACCAGUGCUAAAGAUAUGGGUAAAGUUAUGAAGGCUUGGAAGCAUGAUUCAGCUGUAGCGGAUCGUAAACUUGUCAGUGAUGCUGUAAAGAAACUAUUGAGCCAAUAAACAGUUUAGAUAUAUGAUAAAGAAGAAGUGCGCGAUCAUAUGAGGUUCAUUUGUCUCAUGAAAAUAACGCAGCAAGGGUUGUUACCCAAGCGGUUAUUAUCCCUCACACACAUAUACUGUAUGUGUAUCGAACGUUUUCACAGUGUAAUCAUUUCGCCCAAUUUACAUUUUAUGCUUACUGUUGUGAAAUGAGUCAACAUUUUCAAUCUUUUUAUUAUUCCAACACAAAGCUCAUUAGCUUUAUCAAGAUUGUCAAAAGGACAUAAAAGCUUGCUUUGGCCUGAACUGAUAGAUUCUUAAAAAUAAAUGGCGGAUUUUAAAAUCGUACUUCUCCUGCUCAAUCUGG